CAGCGGGACCGUUUGAAAGGAAGAAGCGUCUCCGUAGUUAUUGACAACAGCUUUAUUCACCCAGAAAGUUGGUUUUACAUUUGUAGGAAAAGCGACAGUGAAUACUUUACGGAGUUGUGAAUGCAACUCAUGUUGAAGCGUGUUGUGAAGUUACGCUGAAGACGGAUUUAGCGGAAGUUGUCAACAGUAGGACAGAAGCACAUAUCAGGCUCUGAGUUUAUAAUGGGUGGCUAACGCAAGCUAACGUUAGCUUGAGCAUUGGUUAGCUAUACGUUGUUGAUAGCUGCUUGGUUAGCAAAGCCCCACAAUGUCAUCCAAAGACAACAGCCGCAUCCUCCUUUUGGAAGAUCAAGUGAAGAGUUUAUCAGAUGAGCUGAUGCAAUGCCAGGCAGACAAGGAGUUUGUGUGGUCCCUAUGGAAACGGCUGCAAGUGGCAAAUCCAGACUUGACCCAGGCUGUCAGUUUGGUGGUUGAGCGUGAGAAGCACAAAGCUGAGACUAAGGACAGGAAAGUGUUGGAGAUCCUUCAGUCUAAGGACUACAGGAUACAGGAGCUGGAGCAGACAGUUACAGGGCAGCAACAAGAGAUUAACCACUUGGCACAGAGGAGGACAACAGUGGAUGAGGAGAGUACCUUAAUGAAGAAAGAGCUGGCAGCUCUGCAUGAACAACUGCUGAACAAGACUCAGGAACUUAAGGAAAUGAAGACUGAGUGUAGGAGGAAAAAGGAGGAGGAGCAGCAGGUGGUGCAGGCUAUUGAGGAGAAGAAAGAGGGAUUAAUGUCCCGCUGUGCUGCCCUGCAAGCUGACCUGGAGGAGAAAGAGAGGCAGGUCAACACCCAGCGAGAGCAGAGGGAUGCCGCCCAGGCCAGAGUCAAGGGGCUGGAGGAAGAGCUGCACAGUACAUGGAAGGAGUUAUCCAACUUACAGAGCCACAGUAGCAGUCUUGCAGCCCAGCUUUCUUCCAAAGAGAGGCAGGUGACAGUAAUGGAGGUUCAACUCAGCCAACUUCGUCAUGAAUUUGCAGAAGUGCAGACCCUGUACAAGCAGAGUACAGAGCAUGCAGCAGAGCAGAGUCAUCUGAUCAAACAACUGGAAGGACUCAACCUUGACACGCAGAGAGUCCUGAAGAACCAAGAGGAGGCACACACUGCUGACACCAGCUCCUACCAAAGGCUGUACAAAGAGUUGAGUCAGUGCUACCAAGCCCUUGUUUCUAGUGAAGCCAAGCUCCGUCAGAGCCACCAGGAGCUCAGCAGCCAAGUGGUGCAGAAAGACCAGCACAUCCUGCAACUCCAGGCUCAGCUAGAGCAACAACAGCAGCUGCUUCAGGAGCAGCAAACGCAAAUCCAACAAACCCAGCAGACCACCACCCAUUUCCCUUCACCCAACAGACAAACCAACUUUAAGGCGGUGGUGUCUGAGCCGACUGAUGCCGCGGCUCAGAGGUCUAGCCCCAGCUUUGACCAGGCGUCUACCUAUGGCUCAGAUCCCAAGACGGAGGAAGGGACCCUUAAACAUCAUUCAACUAGAUCUGUCAGAAGACAGCAGGGUGCACCUAUGCAGCAGUCCAGGUCUCUGUCCCCAGCCAGCAGUGUGGAGAUGGGUUGUGGGAGGACAAGAAUCACAGAAAAGAGGAUUCAGGACCUUGAGGAGCUGCUGGAAUUGAAGAUACAAGAAAAUGAAGAGCUGAGGAGGGCUCAUGAUAAACGUCGUGAACGUCUCUGUCUCAUCCAGAGCAACUACAGGACGAUCAAAGACCAGCUGAAAGAGAUGGAAAAAUCAAAUGGCUUGCCAGUUGGAAGGAUGCAACGCGCAGAGCCAUGGCAGCUGAGACAAGAGAACAGUGAUGCAGUGUGGAAUGAGCUGGCCUACUUGAAAAACCUCAACAGGAAAAUGACUACUGAAAAGGUUAGCCUGGAAGAGGAGUUGGACAUGUUACGCGUUCAGGCUGCUAUGGACCGGGCCACAGUGAAGGAGCUCCAUGUAUGUCUUGCUAAUGAACAUCAAGAAUUGCUUCACAAAGUGGUAAAGCGACCUCGGGUCAAAAGCAGCACUCCAAAAAAGCCUUCUGUUUCUUCUGAGCGAAUGGAAGAGUCAUUUAAAAAGAUUGAGCAGCUGGAACGGAGGAUGAUGUCCCUGGAGGAGGAGACGGAGAAGCUGAGAGAAGAAAAAGAGAAGUUACUUGAGGCCAAUGAAGAUUUGGCGUACAACUGCUGCAAACUCCAAACCUCCCUGGAUCAUUUGAGAACCCAGGAAGCUUUCCGUUCAGAGGCAGCCCAGGCCCAGGCCCUGGCCCAGGGGGAAAGGCAUCGCAGUGAGAUCAUGGCUCUAGAAGACCGACUGGUUGCCUCCCAAAAACAAGCUACCGAGCUUCAUCACAAGUUGCUAAAGCUGAGGCAAGAGCUUGGAAUUCUCCGAGCAGCCAGGGACUUCUAUAGGAAUCGUGCAGCAGGGCCAUCACGGGCUGGCGGGAUUGCAAAUAACAUUAGCAGCAAGGUCAAAUUCAAAACAGCCAAGCGCAGAGGUCCGAUACACCUGCGCAGCCACCGAACAGUCAGUCCCAAUCAAGCCAUCAGCUGGCAACGCCGCAGCCCCAGUCCCUCCAAGGAUGAGUGGGAGGACAUGAGCGCAGAUAGUGACAGCAGUGAAGAAUACUCUGACAGUCUCAAUGGGUGUACCUUCAAGGACUGCCACUCACAGAAACCAAGCAAAGAGAAAGUCCUACAGGUGUGCACUGAUUUCAAACAUCGAAAACAUCACCAGAAGCAGAAUCUACCAGAAAGCAACCUGAUGUUCUGGCCCAAGACGAUAAACAGCAUGAGCUCAGAACAUGGGAAGAGAGGAGAGGAAAAGAGGUGGAGGAGGAAGAAGAUGUUGACGAAGACCCAGCACUGCUCCUCCUCUUCUCUGCAGCAGCGCAUCGAGUCCCUACAGCGUCACAUUGACAUACUGCGAAGCGCCAGGAAAGACGCUGUUCUAUCAGCCAGAGAGCUGCAGAGGGCCAAUGAGAAGAUGACGGCACAACUCAACUCCCUCACCGAGAAACUCUGCAGCAGCAAGCAGCUCACACAGAAGCUGACCUCUGACCUAGCGGGUGUGGAGCAACAGAAAAAGGUUCUGGAGUUGGAGCUGGAGCAGUGGAGGCGGAUCACGUUUCCCCAGCAAACUGUACCAGUACCAACAACAGCACCAGUAAACACAGAGUGCUCGUCCUGCCAGGGCCGAACCGUGCCCACCCCAGCUGACCCUGCCCCCCAGGUCCUGGAGGCUGAGGUUAAACAACUUCAAGCAAAACUUAAGAGUGCAAGUGCAGAGGUCACAAGGCAGGUGGCGUCUAACAAAGCCCUGCGAGGCCAACUCCAGGAGAAGGAGGACAAGCUCCGCCAGCUGCACGACAAGACGACCCACGUAGAGCGAGACGUGAACAUGAAAAGGCAGCUAGUGGAGGAUCUGAAGACGAGGCUGAAGUUCCUGCAAGAAAUGGAGAAAAGUUACCGUGGUCAGGUGGAGGAGCUGGAAAAGAAGGUAAAGACUUUAGCAGAAGAGGCCACCAAUCGGAAGGCCCUUAUUGAGUCUCUAAAGAGAAGACUGAAUGUGGCAACCACAGAGAAGAGCCAGCUUGAGACUUCCUGUGCAAAACUGAAGGAGGACCUGGAAAAAAAGGAACAGCGCAUCCAUGCCUUACAGACCCGUUUAGGAGCUAGUGAGCAGGCUUUAGCUGCACUGGAACAGACUGCUACUGAACAAAUGGAAGGGUUGACCCAGCAGAGCUCCCAUGCCUUGGACAGGGUUCAGAGGCAGUUAGGUCAGGCCCACUCACAGCUGGAGCAGCUUUAUGCCUUUGUACAGGCCCUGGCCAGUGAAAUACUUUUAGACGUUCAUGAGGUCAAGCAGCAGUUGAUGAAGAAGAGAAGGUUGAGGCAGGCCAGCGCUGUGGCGGCAAAGGGCGGCCUCUCAGCCAAGUCUAUGAUCAAAGCCAAGUCCAUAGCUGCCUCCAUCCUCAAUAUGUCAGAGAAUGAUCUUGCAGACAUAAUGGACACGGACCAGAGAACGAAGGCACAUUCAGAGGGUCGCAGAGACCAGGAGUGGCUGGACCACUUUAACCACAUCCUUCAGCAGAAGAUCCCCUCUGCCGGCCAGCUAAUGGAGGCUGUGCGCGUGAAGAUGAAGGAGAGGAAAGUGCUGACAGAAGAGCUGGCCACGCUCGCAACACCAGUCAGCGAAAAAUCCUGACUCCCUGGGCUGAGGCUGGGAAAACUGUCAUCCUCUUCUUUUUCUCCCUCCUUCUACUCUCCCUCCUCGGUUCCUACUCAGUGGGAGCUGGGCUGAGCCAAGCUGCAGCCGGGGCAGCAGAACCAAUAUUGUGAGAAAAACGCUGUCAACGCACUCUGGGCCCUGGCUCACGCAGCAGCCCGGCCUUUGUAAAUGAGUCCCUCGACAUCUGUGUUAGCGCUCAGUGCACUACGUCUAUCAGACAGGGCCCUUUAGCGCCAAGCUAAUUUACUGUGCAGCCACUCUCCCCCCUUUCUACCGCAGACCUGGGAUGAUAAGGCAAAUGCUUACACUAAUAUUGAAGUUAUAUUGGGUUUUUUUUUCCCCACUCUUUUCCAUCCUUCCUAAUUAUUGGAAUCUCGAGGACCUCAGGGUGCACGGACUUGACCUAGCAAUGCCAAGUCAACACUUUGGGAAAGUCAGAGUGCAGCACAGAGCAGAGUGGUCACCUUUAGGAGUUUAGAUCUGUUUAUCAGACUUGAGUUACAGUUCAUAUCGUAACCCCCUUACAAAAUAUUAAAAACAAUAUAGUGCAGAUUAUUUGAAGUGGGCUGGACAUGGAUACACCGAAAAAUACUAUAGUCACUGCAGUAAUUACAGAGGAUCACAGAUGGGACAGGCUUCAUUUUAGAGAAUUUAGAGUACCAGCACUAAAGUUAAUUAAUACCCCUGUGGACUGGGCCGACAGGAAAAAGACUUUAUACUCACCUAAAGAAUGUCCACAUUUACAAAGGAUCAGUUUUAAUGUAUCCAUAUAUAUAAUCUCUUACUGUUAGGCAGACCUUUUUGACAGGAAACUGAAACCCGGAAGUGUUCUUCAAAGCUUCACGACUCUCUUCACACAGCAGUACUUUAACCUUGCAGGACACAGGAGUUGCUGGUCCUUUACUGCCUUGAAUGGUUUACUUUGAUCGAAACUAAUGUGUUAAACACCCGAAAAAAAUAACCAAUUGAGGCAGUGAUAGACCAGUAACUCCCAUGAUAUAUGCGCGAGAUGAAAUUACUGUUUUUGUCAAGGGAAUCUGAUGGCUUUGAAGAUCACUUUAGAGAUUUACUUCCAGCAAUGUGAUACUGUGAAACUAUUCUAAAUAAAGCAUACAUUUCAAGUGAUAUUUAUUUUUUCUUCUGACUAAAAGAGGCAGUUUUAGCUGCUGCUGCUGCCGCUGUCCACCACCAUACAACCAUAGCCCUCUAUUCUCCAGUGAGCUUCUUCAAUCUUUUGCCAUUUACUCUCAUAGACCUGAGGGCGAGACGUGGCUUAAGACCAAAGAGGGAGGAGAACCUGCGCAAGGGCCAGUGUAGCACAUCCUUAAAUCCAUUUAUUUCAUCAGCUAUUGGAUUAAAUUAAUACUAAUCCAGACAGACAUCCAUAUCUGAAUAUUUGAUCUAAUAACUGGUCCUGGUCAAUAAUCUAUAGGGUCACUGAUAACAUCUUCAUCCAACCCCACUUAAUGUAACCUGAACUAAGCCUUUAAAGACCCACUCACUUUAACUGAUCAAAUGCACUGCAGGUAUUUAUAAUGUUCAUAGGCUUUUAAAAUGCUUCUGACUGUAUUUGUCCCUUUAAUAAUGUGGUUGUUUUGAGUUUGUCUCAAUAUUUCUUAAUAAAGCAUACUCCACUA